CUGGUUGUCUUCGAGCAGGAAAACUUCCAGGGCCGUCGGUUGGAAUUCUCAGGGGAGUGCCUGAACCUGGGGGACCGUGGCUUCGACAGAGUGCGCAGCCUGAUCGUCGUCUCAGGACCCUGGGUAGCCUUUGAGCAAUCCGCCUUCCGUGGGGAGAUGUUUGUCCUGGAGAAGGGUGAAUACCCACGCUGGGACACCUGGACCAGCAGUUACCGAAGUGACCGGCUCAUGUCCUUCCGGCCCAUCAGGAUGGAUUCCCAGGAGCAUAAGAUCUGCCUGUUUGAAGGGGCCAACUUCAAGGGCAACACCAUGGAGAUCCAAGAGGACGACGUGCCCAGCCUCUGGGUAUAUGGCUUCUGUGACCGUGUGGGCAGCGUGGCCGUCACAGGUGGCACGUGGGUCGGCUACCAGUACCCAGGCUACCGAGGCUACCAGUAUCUGCUAGAGCCUGGUGACUUCCGACACUGGAAUGAAUGGGGUGCCUUCCAGCCGCAGAUGCAGGCUGUGCGGCGCCUGAGGGACCGCCAGUGGCACCAAGAGGGCUGCUUCCCGGUGCUGGCCACCGAACCCCCCAAGUGA